CUCAGACUCGCCUUCCCUUCCACUUCCAUCCAGCCAGCCAGAUCUGACCUCACUGACGGCGCUGCCGCUGCCGGCGAGCAAUCUCCCCCUCAUCCGCACCGUCGACCGCCGCCCCACCGGCGCGGAGGCGGCCGCGAUGCAACCGGCGCUGGGCGCCGCCCCAGCCUCCUUCUCCUUCUCAUUCGGCGACGCCCUCGUCCCCUCCGCCUCCUGCUCCCACCGCCUCAAGCCUUCCAUAUCCUCUUCCUGGCACCCCCACCUCUCCUCCUCCUUCUCCUGAUUCCAUUCCCCUGCUCGCCUAGCUCCCUUCGCUUCCUAUAAACGUGCUCGUAUCUCAGCACUACUUGAACUUCUCCCCCUCGCCACUCUCUCGUCUGCCACCUGCCUCCCCGCAUCCGACGCGCCGCGGAAUCCUUGAUCUGUUCGUCCGUCCGUGGAUCUGUAGAGAUUUAUUGCAGUGGUAAACAACUUCAUGGGUGAUUUGCCUUGUGGUUCUGAAGGAGUACCAAUGGAGGAUCACGCAGCACUGCUAGAGGAGGGAUUUCCUCCAGCAGGGAAAACUCCAUGUUCUGUUGGGGAACUCCAUCAUAGCGAGGAUGCAACUCAUAAACAAGGCAGGGAUGUCGAGUCUUUGGAGAUUGAAGUGGAUAUCUCAGGUUCUACCAGCUCAGGAACAAAGAGAGGCAAAGGAGAUGAUGGGAACUCCCAUAAUGCCUUGGAAGACAGCGAAUCAAAGGAACCCUCCACUUACGAGCGUGCAGUGUCCCUUCCGCCGAUGCCGAGGCUCAUCUCUGCUAUGAAAGGAGGCCGUGAGAAAAGCGGGGAAGCAUUGCUGGCUGAGAACCGCCGCGUGAAGUGGGACCCGGAUGUGUACGACCCCCCGGUCACUUCUGUUGACCAUUCGGUGAAGAGCGACCAACAGCAGAGGCCCAGGUCUAAGAAGAAGGACAAGAACCAGCAGAAACAGAAGCAUAAGAGGAAGUCGCGCAGCGGGAACCGGGGCGCCAAGAAAAGCGGCCACGACGGUGUCCGUAAUCCCUGUGCGCUGGUCAUAGCCGCCUGACCUGAUGAAUCAGGCGAGCCGGAGAUUUCAGAUGCGAGCUCUGGUGGAGUGGCUUCCUGCGCAAGAGACCACCGCCCGAGUGCGUUUGUCCUGAAAUGGUGAUCUGGAGGAGGGAGUUUUUUUUUUUGGUUUUGUAAAUACAUGAUGAUGGUGUGUAGAUAAAUAAAUAAACAAACCCCCCAAUGUGAGGUGAGAUAAUUCUUACUUGCGGCGAUGUUUCAAACCAGUCAGUUAGCCAGUCGUUUAGUUUUGUAGCGACUGAUCCUGUGAUCCUGUACUGGUAUAUUGCGUAUUUUGGAGAUUAAUCCACGCUGCUGCACCUGUUCUUGGCUGUGGUUUA